UGCAUGUGAUACUUCAUUGCUCUUGCCCCAGUAGCUCCUCCUGCCCCCGCAACUUUUGGAUCUGACCGAAGGACAGAUGGACGGAGGCUACUCUUCUAUGCGACGUGGACACCCUUGCUCUUCCUCUGUGCCUUCCCACGUAGACAGUGACGCUACUCAAUAUUUCCAACUCUUCUAUGAAUUCUCACUCCACAACUUGCCAGUAUCCAAGAUGGCCACGAAGAGGAUGGGUCCAGUCAGAAGCCUAUCACAGACCAGGAGUUGACCUUUGCCCCUUCCCACUCCUCCCUCUCCAGCGCCGGUGGCGGAUUGCCUCUGCGCGUGCGCAAAGGGGGCGGGGGUUGAGGGGGGGUACGACACGGACACACUGUAUUGCUAGUUCCGUCUCCGUAGCAGCCUCUUCCUCUGCUUCAUCCCUUUACCACCCUUAGAGCUGGGUCCACGUCGUUACCUGCGCGAGAGGACAGGGAGGCAGGACCGGCGGCAGCGCGUUCCCUGUGCGCUCGGUCCGGGCUGUUCCUUUCCCUCGGGCAGGUGGCUGGGGUCGGCGGGAGAGGCUAAGGGGAGGCCCUCGGCAGUGCCAUGUCGGCGGGCGGCCCGUGCUCGGCGGGGCCCGGCGGGGUCUCCGGGGGUGCUUCAUGCGCCUCAGGGGUGCCCCCCGGGGGGGUAUCGAUGUUCCGGUGGCUGGAAGUGCUGGAGAAGGAGUUUGACAAGGCCUUUGUGGACGUGGACCUGCUCUUGGGCGAAAUCGACCCUGACCAAGCAGACAUCACUUACGAGGGGCGCCAGAAGAUGACCAGCCUGAGCUCCUGCUUCGCACAGCUCUGCCACAAAGCCCAGACUGUGUCCCAAAUUAAUCACAAACUCGAGGCGCAGUUGGUGGAUCUGAAAUCUGAAUUGACAGAGACCCAGGCUGAAAAAGUGGUAUUAGAAAAAGAAGUUCACGAUCAACUUUUACAACUGCAUUCUGUUCAGCUUCAGCUGCAUGCCAAAACUGGCCAGAGUGUCGACUCUGGUACCAUUAAGGCAAAACUGUCUGUCCCCUCUGUGGAAGAACUGGAGAGAGAGCUUGAAGCAAAUAAAAAAGAAAAAAUGAAAGAAGCUCAACUUGAAGCAGAGGUGAAGCUAUUAAGAAAGGAGAAUGAAGCUCUUCGUAGACACAUAGCAGUUCUCCAGGCAGAAGUUUAUGGAGCGAGACUGGCGGCCAAGUACUUGGAUAAAGAAUUGGCAGGAAGAGUCCAACAGAUCCAGUUACUAGGUCGAGAUAUGAAGGGACCUGCUCAUGAUAAACUUUGGAACCAACUAGAAGCUGAGAUCCACCUGCAUCGUCAUAAAACAGUUAUUAGAGCCUGCAGAGGACGUAAUGACUUGAAACGAUCAAUGCAAGCACCGCCAGGACAUGAUCAAGAUUCCUUAAAGAAAAGUCAAGGUGUUGGUCCAAUCAGAAAGGUUCUUCUUCUCAAAGAAGAUCAUGAAGGACUUGGCAUUUCAAUUACAGGUGGAAAGGAACAUGGUGUUCCAAUUCUUAUCUCUGAAAUCCAUCCUGGACAACCUGCUGAUCGUUGUGGAGGACUGCAUGUUGGAGAUGCUAUUCUGGCAGUCAAUGGAGUUAACCUGAGAGAUGCUAAGCAUAAAGAAGCUGUAACUAUUCUUUCCCAGCAGAGAGGAGAGAUUGAGUUUGAAGUAGUUUAUGUUGCUCCUGAGGUAGAUUCUGAUGAUGAAAAUGUGGAGUAUGAGGAUGAGAGUGGACACCGUUAUCGUUUGUAUCUUGAUGAAUUAGAGGGAAGUGGAAAUCCUGUUGCUCAUCGGAAAGGUGCAAGCGGGGACAUAAAACUAUUACAAGGUUUUAAUAAGAAACCAGUAAUUGAUGGACAUGAAAAUGGAGACCUGGGAACCUCGAGUGAAACUCCCCUCAAUGACAGUGCAUCCAAGUUAGCUGAGUCAGCAGAAUCUUUGUCAUAAAUAGUUUAUUAAAUUGACUUUUCUGCAGGCAAUAUUGUUGCUCAGACUGUUAUGGAUUUUAUAUUCUAGGGGAGAUUGUGAAAAGGACUAUCUAAAAAUAAAGGGAGGCUGUUGUUUAUUGCCCAAAUGAAAGGCAGUUACCUCAGGGCUUCAUUGUGAGCAAUUCUAAAUGUUUAAAACUCUCCGUUUUCUGUGAUAAACCAUGAUUAGCAAUUGCAUGUAAAGCAAUUUUUAUUUUCUUAAAAUUGUAAGCACCAAAGCAUGUUUUUCCCAAAGGGAUAUUACUAAGCUUUUAAGGUACAAAAUGAAGCAUAAUUGUUUCAUUUGGUUCCUUUUUUUCACUUAACAGAAGGACAGUGUUAACAGGAAUCUAAUAGGAAAUAGCUUUUAAUUACAAAAGAGUAAACUAAAUUGUUUUAAGUGUAUUCCAGAAUGCUAUAUUGUGGUGUUUUAAAUUGGAAAAUUUUAUUUUGUUAAGAGCAGAAAAGUGGGCUUAACUUCAAAACAAAAAAGUUCCACAUUUGAAUAUUUCAAAUUGAGGGAAUGAUUUAGUUUUCUAUUUAUUACAGAUUUUGAUUCCUGAAUCAUUUCUUAGUGAUCAUUUAGGUGUAAUGAGUAUGCCUUUCAGCUUUGCUUAAUGCAGUUAAAAAGUAGUUUUAAGUAAUCCUUUGUCAAUCAAUGCUGCACUAGAAAUAAUUUCUGAAGAGUUCUUGCACAUUAUACUUUUUUAAAAAAUUCAAAUAAGUGUAAAAUAUCUGUUCACAAUUAUGUUGAUGCAUGUGCAUGGCAUUGUUCAUUCCCAAGCUUCCUUCCUGGUUUCCUGUGAGAUUAGUUUUAUACAUUUUGAGUUGUUCAUGCAGUUUGUCAUGCCAUGAUAGUCCUGGUACUUAAAAGUUCAAUAUUGUUGUUAACAUGAAAAACAAUUGCCUUUGAAGAUUAGUUUUAAAGUAACUGAUAAUUGAUGUCUCAAGGCUCAGGGCACACAUGAAGUAUUAGGAAACUUGAUACACUGAUGUUUGGUUAGUUUUUUCUUUCUGUCCUUAAAGUAUUUUUAUGCAAAUUUUAUAAAUGUGCUAGCUUCUCUCAUCUCAGAGCAAAACCUGUUUUUACUGCUCUCAUUUGCUAUUGUGUAAACCACUUUACCCUAGUGGGAAGCAUCAAAGCAUUGUACUUAACAAGAUGAGUUUUGCCAACAUCAUGGUUUUAAAGACCCUAUGUAGAUGGAGAAAAACCUAAACGGCCUUUAGGAUAUCAGUUUAUUCAAUGCCUAAUGUUGAAAUGGUUACAUGUUGCAGGAAAAGGUUCCUAGCCUCUCCUAGGUGCAUUAUAUAUUUGUUUAUAGAGAAAUCUUUAAAAUGUAUAUACUUUAUUCAUUGAUUUUGCUAUUUAUAAAUCUUGUUUAUAACUAUUGCUCAAUGACAGUUUUUUUGGUUAUUAUUGUUUUAUUUUGGGAGCAGUAUCAUUCACAUCGCUUUGCUAUUAUAUCUCCAUGUUACAUUUUUAACAGUAGUGCACUUCAUAUUGUAUGCUGUUAUUGAUAUUAAAAUACCUUAUAGCAUAACAUUGCCUUUAAGCAAAAGCUAGUAUUUAAUAGUAGAACCAAGUAAGCAAGCAAGGUGCAUAUCAUUGUUUACUCUAACAUCAUUUUUGGUGGGAGGGUGGGGGAGCAUUUGCUUUUUCACGCAUGAUAUGAAAUCUGCAGUUGGAUUUCAGUGUAUAUUCAUUUUUGUAAUGCUUCACAGUGAGGUUUUCAUUGUGGCAAAUCUAAAAACUAUUCCACUAGGGCAUGGAGUCUAUUUUUUCCCCUAUUUUCCAAAAAGCCUGAGCGAUGAUGGUGACUAUCACAUUUUUCAGAGAAUAUCCUCCUUUUUAUCUGUGUCUAAAACUUUAUGGAACCUGUUGGGUCAGAAAGAACUAAUUUUUAGAUUUGUGAAGAGUUAUUAUAAUCCCAAACCUGAGAUAUCUAUGAAGAUGAUGUGAUUUGGAGGAUGUUGUGAAGGAUUUUUGCAGUGGAAAUUCUUUCUCCACAAGGUUGAAUCUCAUAAAAUAAGCAAAGUUAUUGAAAACACUACUCUUUACUUCUUUGUUGAUAUUCCAUAGCCUGCUGCUGUGCUCUUUCAAGGACUUUUGAAGAAAGAAUUAUAGAAACAGGUAGAUGCCUUUAUGACUUGUCUCCCCUUCAUCUCUAUUCUACCUUGGUUUUGAAGCCCCAGAUUAGAGCACUGUUGCUAAGAUGUUACUGUGAACAAAUCUGUGUCUCCUACCACAAUGGGUGGCCUUACAGGUGCUUUGGUAAGUGUUGCAGUUCAAAAUUCACCUGGGAGGUGUAGCACUUUGAGACUGAACUAGGAACUACAAAUAUGUUUUUCCAGUUUCUGUCUGUUUUUCUAAUGAUUAUACCUCUUAGACACUGGUCCAAAGAGGAGUUAGAUUUGAGACAUUUCCAACAUAAAGCAGUAUUGAUGUUUUCAUUUUUAUAGGAAAGAAACUACCAUAUGUCAUUUAGACCAUUUUAUACAUUUACUUCUAAGACAAAACCAGACUGGCACAUGUGUGUAUAUGUGUGUGUGCGUGUGCAUGUAUGCACACUCACUGUGUGCAUGUGUGUACAUAUAUGUGUUGUGAAAAGGUCUAGAUGAAGACCAAAGCAUAUAUAUACACAUCUUAUAUCAGGACCAUUUUCUGAAGAUUCCUCAUCUGCAUUGACUUCAGAAUUUAACAAAAUAAUUGACUUCAACUACACAGGAUCAUAUUAAGGUGGAUUUAAGAAAGAUGAAAAUUCCUUAGUAGUAGAAGUAACUGAACAGUUUUCUAAAAGACAUGAUUGAAUUUCCUUGGUGGUGGUGCUUUUAUCACAGUGGGGAUUUUUGUGUCUGACUUCAGAAACUUAAAGAUGUUUCCUAUACAUAUGUAUGUUAAACAUUAUUUCACAACAUUAUUUAUUAUGUAAUUCGGUAUCCUUCUAUUCAGGGUUGGGCUCAUCUGUAAAAGAUGUAAUAUUUGCAACAACUGUAUUAUAUCUAGUUAAGUUGAGUUGAAUAUUUUUUUAUUAGCCUGUAAAUAAAGAUGGCAUCUUUACAUUAAAAUGUCUUGCCUUAUUUAACAAAAAUAAA